AUGGGCGACACGUCGUUCUCGCGGAGGCCGGCGGGCCCGUUGCGCGGCGUGCACUGGGACGGCAUAUACACCGCGCAGCAGAUCGGGUCGUAUAAGCCGGGCGAUCGGAAUUAUUUGUUUGUGGUGGACCGUCUCGGGAAAGAUUUUGGCACCGCACAGGACGAGACGUUGAUGGUGGCGCAGAGUUUGGACAUCGACCACGUCUCGGCCAAGAGGCUUGGGUUCAGGCCUGCCGCCUGGAUUGCACGGUAUGCUGGGGAGGCGGCCAUGGGGGGUGACCGUGAGGAAUUGGAAAGAAAGGGCUUGAUUGAACUGGGCGCUGUGUAUGGGUCGUUGGGCGGCAUGGCGCACGCGGUGGAGGAGGCUUUUUCAAAUGAAACCGAAAAUGCUUGAACAAAUCCGUGCUGUACCUUCAACACAUACUCGGUAUGACACCCUGGCAUAUCAAGUACCUUGGGGUGGUCGGAUGAGUUUGCCAGAACUCAACGGGUAUGAUCCUACCGAUCAUUUGCCCAUGCUGUCGUAGAUGUGAUGGGUCUCCACCACGAGUCAGGAUGGCAACAGCGCCCUGAAUGGAUGCAGGAUCGGCCAGAGCUAGGGAAACACGCGGACCCCCUCGGACAGUCGAAUCGAACAGUAGGACGAUACGAAGGCCCUGUCAACCAGCUUAUGGGUAGAGCGAACACGGGCUACCUUCGACGAG